AUGGGUCCUGUGGGAUCAUCCAGUGUGGGCUUUGGGAUCAUCCAGUGUGGGAUUCAGGAUAGGGAUCACCUGGGAUCACCCAGUGUGGGCUUUGGGAUCAUCCAGUGCACAGGGAAAACCUCGACCUUGGUCAAGUACGCGGAGAAAUUCCCGGAGCUGAAAUUCCUUUACCUGGCUUUUAACAAAGCGGUGGCAGAGAAAGGGAAGAAUGUUUUUCCAAGGAAUGUCACGUGCAAGACCUUCCACUCCUUGGCUUAUGGAAGCGUCGGGAGAUACUACAAAGAGAAGGGCAAGCUGAACUUCUCCAAGAUGUCCGUUUUUUCCAUCAGCUUCCUCCUGCGUUGCAGGGAGGGCCAAUCCCUGUUUGUGAGAGGGAAAACGGUGUCCCAGACCUUGGAAAAUUUCUUUUCCUCCUCAGAUGAGGAGAUCUGUGAGGAGCACACGCCCCUGUGGUUCAAAAACACUCACAGGCAGAUGCAGCUCGUGAGCCGAGAGGAGAAGAGAAUCAGCGUGGAAGAGGCCAGGGAGAUUUGGCGCAACAUGAAGAAGCUGGAUGGAGACGCAGAGAAGAAAUACAAGAUGACUUGUGACGGAUAUUUAAAACUUUGGCAGCUCAGCAAGCCCCAGCUCUCAGGAUUCGACGCCAUUUUUGUGGACGAAGCCCAGGAUUGCACUCCAGCCAUCGUGGAUAUCGUGCAAUCCCAGAAAUGCGGGAAAAUCCUGGUGGGAGACCCUCACCAGCAGAUCUACACCUUCCGAGGGGCCGUCAACACCCUCUACACGGUGCCCCACACGCACCUGUACUUCCUGACCCAGAGUUUCCGCUUCGGCCCCGAGAUCGCUUACGUGGGCUCCACGAUCCUGGACGUUUGCAAAGAGAUCCGCUGUAAAAACCUGCUGGGGGGAAACCAGAGCGGUGACGUCAGGGCAGGCCGGGCCGGGCCCGUGGCGCUGCUGUCCCGCAGCAACUGGAACGUCUUUGAGGACGCCGUGAAAUUCUCUGGGAGACAACCCCCGGCCAAAAUCCACGUCAUUGGGGGCUUGGAGCGUUUUGGCCUGAACAAAAUCCACGACAUUUGGAAGCUCAGGCAAAACUCGGCGCUCGGCAUCGCCGAUCCCUUCGUCGCGAGCUGGGCCCGGCGCGGCGGCUUUGGGGCGCUGAAGGAAUACGCCGAGCGCGCCGACGACCGCGAGCUGGAGGUGAAGAUUUCCAUCGUGGAGAAGUACGGCGACAGGAUCCCCGAGCUGGUGGCCAGGAUCCGGGAGUUCCACGUCUCCCGGGAAUCCCUGGCGGAUUUCCUCAUCGGGACCGUGCACCAAGCCAAGGGCCUGGAAUUCGACACGGUUUGGGUGGCGGACGACUUCAUGCAGAUCCCUUCUGUCAGUGGAGCUUUCCUGAGGAGGAUGAACGUGGACCUGGGCAGGACCCCUGAGGACGAGUGGAACCUGCUCUACGUGGCCGUGACGAGAGCCAAGAAAUGCCUGCUGAUGUCCAAAUCCCUGGAAAACCUCCUGACUCUGGCUGGGGAGCGUUUCCUGCGGGUGGAGCUGCUGAGUGAGGCUGGGAAGGACAAGGGCGGAGCUCCCAUCACUUGUUGUAUGUCGGGAUGUACAAAAUCCCUGGAAUUCAGCUCCGGGCUGGUGGUGAAGAAACUCCCGUUGGCUCAUAGCGACGGCAGCCGGGAUCCCGGGGGAUUCCUUUGCCAGGCUUGCACCUGGCAGUUCUUCGGCCCGCUGACGGCGCUCACCUCCUUCCCAAAGAUCCAGAAAGAGCCAAUCCAGCUCUAACAGAGCCCUCCAGCUUCCCAGAGCCGUCCUGGAUGUGGGACAAAUCCUCUCGGCACAUCCCAGCUCCAAAAUCAGGCAGAUGGAGCGGGAUUUCGGCCCAGCUCCAAAUUCCAGGGGGAUGUUGGAGCAGGAUUUCGGCCCAGCUCCAAACUCCAGGGAAAUGGAACAGGAUUUCAGCCCAGCUCCAAAAUCAGGUGGAGCAGGAUUUCAACCCAGCUCCAAAUUCCAGGGAAAUGUUGGAACAUGAUUUCAACCCAGCUCCAAAUUCCAGGGAAAUGUUGGAACAGGAUUUCAACCCAGCUCUAAAUUCCAGGUGGAUGGAGCAGGAUUUCAGCCCAGCUCCAAAAUUAAUUGGAUGUUGGAGCAGGAUUUCAGCCCAGCUCCAAAUUCCAGGCAAAUGUUGGAGCAGGAUUUCAGCCCAGCUCCAAAAUUAAUUGGAUAUUGGAGCAGGAUUUCAGCCCAGCUCCAAAUUCCAGAUGGCUGGAGCAGGAUUUCAGCCCAGCUCUAAAUUCCAGGGAAAUGUUGGAACAGGAUUUCAGCCCAGCUCUAAAUUCCAGAUGGCUGGAGCAGGAUUUCAGCCCAGCUCCAAAUUCCAGGGAAAUGUUGGAGCAAGAUUUCAGCCCAGCCCCAAAUUCCAAGUGGAGCAGGAUUUCAGCCCAGCUCCAAAUUCCAGAUGGCUGGAGCAGGAUUUCAGCCCAGCCCCAAAUUCCAGGUGGAUGGAGCAGGAUUUCAGCCCAGCUCCAAAUUCCAGGCAAAUGUUGGAGCAGGAUUUCAGCCCAGCUCCAAAUUCUGGGUAGAUUUUGGAGCAGGAUUUCAACCCAGCUCCAAAAUUAAUUGGAUAUUGGAGCAGGAUUUCAGCCCAGCCCCAAAUUCCAGGUGGAUUGGAGCAGGAUUUCAGCCCAGCUCCAAAAUUAAUUGGAUAUUGGAGCAGGAUUUCAGCCCAGCUCCAAAUUCCAGGUGGAUUGGAGCAGGAUUUCAGCCCAGCUCCAAAAUUAAUUGGAUAUUGGAGCAGGAUUUCAGCCCAGCCCCAAAUUCCAGAUGGAUGGAGCAGGAUUUCAGCCCAGCUCUAAAUUCCAGGGAAAUGUUGGAACAGGAUUUCAGCCCAGCUCCAAAUUCCAGGGAAAUGUUGGAGCAAGAUUUCAGCCCAGCUCUAAAUUCCAGGUGGAUGGAGCAGGAUGUUCCCAGCUCCAGAGAAAUUUCCAGGCUCCCUGGGGAUGAUGUGAUGCCUUUCCUCCAGCCCUGCCUCAUCCUCCAGGAGCUGGGAUCGGGAUAUCCAGAGGAAUCUGCACUUUAGGAAUGGGAUCAGACAGAACAGGGUCCCCUCUCUUCCCCCUGUCAUCCCAAAUAUCCCAUCCUGGAUUUCCCAUUCCUGGAAAUCCCUCCGAGCCACUGGAAAAAAAGAGGAAACACAAUGCUGGAAGGUAUCCAGAGAAGAUUUAUUUCUUGGAAAUGGACUGUUCCUCUCCAGCCACGGGAGGAAAUCCUCAAUCUCUCCCAGUGAACUGAUUUUCCAUCCUGGCAGCCAAGGGGUUUCCCUGGAUUCUUUCCCUUCUCCCUGCAGCCAUCCGGGAGGGAAAAAAUGAGGCAGCAACGAAAAAAUUCCUCUGCUUUGGUUUCAGCCAAACUCAGGGACAAACUACAGAGGGAUUCCCAAUCCUAAAAUUAAAUUUAUAGCCCAAAAAAAAAGCCUUAACACUUCUUUUGUGUCUCUUCCCUGCCCUCAAAUAUCCUUUAUUUCCCGGGAACGCUCGGGUGGAUCACGCUCAAUUCCAGAGCCGGUGCCAUGGGAAACCAAAACUGAAAGUGGUUUUGGGAAUCUCCCUUUUGCAUCCUUGGUUUUUUGGGGUUUUUUUUUUUCCCAUUCAUGGAGCUGCUUCCCUCCCUCUCCUUUCCCUUCCAAAAGCCGACUCCAGGAAUGCGUUCCCAGCCCGGGCAGGAAUUCCGGCAAACUCCUGGACGUGGAUGGAAGCGCAAAGCCCGGAGCGGGCGUUGGAUCACGCAGGGCUCCCUCCCAGCCUCUCCUGCUGCCUGAGCAUCCCGGUUCCUUGGGAAUGGGGAUGUUCCCAGUGCCCUCCCUGCCGCACAGCCCUGCAUCAGAACAGGACAAGAGCAGCCGGGAAAAUCCAGGGAAUUUCAGCUCUUGGAUCCCGGCCGCUUCCCGCCGGAGGAUGGGAAUGGACCCUUCAUUUCCGUGGUGCUGGAUGGAUUCAUCCCGAUCCAGCCCUUCCCACCAUCCAGCUCAAGGAUCCGCCGCUCUGAGUGGGAUUUUAUAUAGAAAAUAUCUUUAUUUGCACAGAAAAAAAACGGGGAUUUCCGGAGUGUAAGGAAACGAGUGGAUAAAACCGGGAUGAGUGGAUAAAAAAAAAAAAACGCCGAUGGAUAAAGGAAAAACACGCAGAGGGAAAAAUCUUCCCUAAAUUGUGUUAUUUGAGUCCUUGAUGGUUUCUGCUCCAGCUUGGAUUCCCCGUGAGGCGGUGGGGAUCCAGAGCCGGGAUCGGCGCUGGAAGUGCUUCCAGAGGAUCCCUGAGCUGAUCCCUGAGUGUGAGCCUGGCACGGUCCCAACACCUUCGGCUCUGCCCUGUGGCUGGAAGAGAGCAGGAGAGGGAUGGGGAUGUGGGGGAAUGCUGGGAUUGGUCCCUCUCCAUCCAGUUCCUGGGAUUUGGGACAAAGGCAGGAAAGGGAUGGGGAUAUGGGGAAAUGCUU